GGAUAGAGCUUCUCUUUCUCCGCGAGGCCCGCUCGCGUCAUGACAAACGACCCGUCGUCGUUCGUUUUGUCGACGAGCAAUUUCGAGGUUUCCGCCGCUUAGAAACCCUCUUUUCGCCUGGCCUCCAGCUAGUCCCGGGAGGAAGACGCGUGAUUGCUAAUGGGAUGUGACGAUCGAACGUCGUCAGUGAUCGCGCGUGUCCCGCACACGCAAGACGGAGGAGCCGGUAUCGCUUUCAGAUCUCCCGGCGGCGAAAUUCUUGUCCAGUGCGGAAAAGGAUCCGCGCCGCAGCACAUUCCAGGCCUCAACCCCUCCCCCGUCUUUGUUCCCAUGAGAGCGCAACGGCCACGAAUGAUGCUUUGCAGGAUCGUUCGCAGCGGCAUGCUCUCAUCGGUCCUCUUUCUCCCUGUGUGCCAACACGAGCUCAUGUACCUAUUUGGUCCUAUUUUUGACAAUUCCGUUCUCUUUGUCGAUAUUGACUCAAUCCUACAAUGUACUUCUCGCCUAGCAUGUUUUCAUUUCGGUCGACGUGCCAGAAACUUGGCAGCGAGACAGUCCUGUACGCGCAUGUUGUGUUCCCACGGCGGGCGGUUAAAUGCUCGAAAAUAAUCACCCUGGCCCGCCCGGUCAUCCCUGCCCAGGCGGAAGUUGCUGUGCGUGCUGUGGAG